AUGCGGUUCAGUAAGAAGGGCAAGCUCAGCCCGAGAUAUAUUGGACCUUAUGAGAUUCUUGCGAAGAUUGGAUCGGUGGCUUAUUGGUUAGUGCUACCACCAUCUUUGGAUGGCGUGCCCGAUGUCUUCCAUGUGUCUAUGCUGCGGAAGUAUGUGCAUGACCCUAGUCAUGUUCUAUCUCAAGAACCACCAGAGCUGGCAGCAGAUAUGUCAUAUAAAGAACAACCUGAAAAGAUCUUGCACAGCAAGGUGGUAAAUCUCCGUGACGGGUACUUUGCCGGCCUAGAUGUACAGUCGGCGGAGUACGAUGGUAUUGGUAUAGAGGAGCCUGAGUACGUGUCAAAGGAACACGGCUAUGGUUACCCCUGUGAUGAUUAUGCUUAUGGGCACUGA